UCGGACAAAGUAGAAGCAGGAGGGUGCCACCACAAAGUUACAGAUCGAACUCAAUAAUUUCAUGGAGGCUCACUAUGGUGGCUGACUUCAGAGUCAUCCCUCGCGCAACUUUCUUCCGAGCUCUCUUCCUUCUUCUUCACGGAAGUUCUUCUUCAAAUAACGAAGACCAUUCUUGUUGUUUCUCAGCAUCCAUGAAAGCAACACAGAUAGAGUUGAUAUUUGAUAUUUGAGUGCAAACAAACGGACAGAGCUUUCGAGGCGAGAGAAGUUAGGCGAUAUGGGGACUGCCGGCACAGACUCUGCUGAAACAGAAAUAUCAAAAUAGCGUAGCGUGUCAGUCAGGCUGGGAGUUGUAACAGUUGUUGUUCGUUUAGACGACGAAAGGUGAGCGCCUGGAUUUCAGUUUUUGAUAUCUUUAACUAAAGUGUGUCAAAGUCACGAGUUGGGCUCUUUCUAUUGAAGUUCUAAUUGGCCGCAGGAAUGGAUUCGAAGCGAAAUAAUUUUGUAAGGUUUCAAAGUUGGAGUUCGGAGAAAUCUUCCAGUUUUGAGCAUCAACAUUCCAUGAACGAUCGAAAAUAUUCAAGAAACUGUUUUAGAGCUACAUUUGACAGAUUUUUUGAGAGUUUUUGGAGAGGAUUUGGGAGGGAGUCUGAGACAAUUAAUAGUUUGAAAAACAACCCAAUAACCAUCCCUUCUGUAGAUGGUCAGCCACGAAAAGAUCACUCAGGUCCUAAGAAGACUAAAAUCCUUGAUCCUCAGGAUCAAUUUCUUCAAACAUGGAACAAAAUAUUUGUGCUUUCUUGUGUGAUAUCAGUGGCAUUGGACCCACUCUUCUUUUACACCCCAGUUUUGAAGGUGGAUGAUAAGGAGAAGAAAUGCUUAAGCUUUGAAUCGGACGAAACUCUGGCGAUUAUUGCUUCUGUUCUUCGUUCAGUCACAGAUGCUUUCUAUGCAAUACAUAUAUACUUUCAGUUUCGAACUGGAAUUAUCCCACCUUCUCGUGUGUUUGGAAGAGGAGAGUUGAUUGAUGAUACUAUGGCAAUCGCAAAAAGAUAUUUGUCCACAUACUUCAUUAUCGACAUUCUGGCAAUCCUUCCCUGCCCACAGGUAUGGGUGUGAUACUCAAUCAAUCUCAAGUAUCUGUAAUCUGGUUUAUUACUAAGAUAGCUCUGUUACUUUUUACAAGUCUGUGCAUAAAUACGUCGCUUAUUAUGAAACCAAUCAUAAAAAACUCAAGGAAAAAAAAAAA